GUAAAUUGUUUAUGUUCCUUCGCUGAGUGUUGAUAUUUUGAAGUGAGGGUAGUGGGUUUUCGGAUGAGAAAAAAUUUUGGCUCGAUAAACAAUCAUCAAUGCUACAAUUCUGAGUGGCAUGCAUACACGUACACUUAAGACACUUCAACUACAGCUGCAAAAUAUAUAAGUGAAAAUUGGUAGUGACCACUCCUUCGCCAAACGCUCAGCAGUUAGAAGUGAGAGUGGCCGGUCUUUCGGAUAUGUCCAGCCUCAUGUGAUGUCAGACGUUAGUGCGUUAAAGAACCGUCACUGGUACAGUCCCGUAACAAGUAUGGUAGUUUACGUAUAGCUGGUGACGUCUCAAAACAAAGAAAGCAAAGAAAUUUCACGAGCAUUCUACAUCAUCUGCUGUUGGAAAAGUCGAUGAAAUGAAGGAGGAAGAAUAUGACCUUUAUAUGUCAACAUGGUCAUGAUGAUAUCAGCUAAUGAAUCCACAACAUCACAGACUAGCUUUUGACUUUUACUCCACUCAGCGUUUUACUUCAAGCCGGCUCAGAUAGGAUGGAAGUGGUGAUGACUAAGCGGAAACCAUGUGUGAAUUAUGUGAGUAGAUUUAAAUAGAAUCAGUGUUUACUUAGUCGUUUUAACAUAGAUGUAUUUUUAUCAUUCACUCGAGUUAUAAGGAUUAAAACCUAUUGUGUACAAAGAAAUAUUUACUACCGUAAAGGAAUGAGAAAGUGUAUAAGUGUGCAAAUGGAGAUAUUUCAAUCAAUUCUGAUACUGCAGCUAUUCCUCGUAACAGUUAUAAAAGGUCAAUGUUUUGGAAAUGGCACCUGUGUCUGUCAUUGUGUAGACUGCAGUGAAAAAUGUGAGACUUGUUUGCCUGGUUGGGGUGGAUCCAAAGACUACAAUUGUCAAAGGCGAAACGUGUUAUACCGGGCAGCAGCAGGAGAUGAUAAAGACGAUCAAAAUAAAUUACUAGAUGAAGAUCUUUCAACUUCUUUAAAGAAAGAGGGCUCUAAGCCAUAUUUGAGAGUCCAACUAAAUCAGUCAAUAACAAUUGACAAACUGGACAUUACCCUUCUUCUCGAACGUGAUGUAAAUUAUACAAUUUACAUCAAAGACAUGGAGUAUGCUAGGACUAAUGAUGUGACAUGCAACAAGUUGGAAAAGGGCAACAACAUCGGGAAGAAAACUAUGUCAAUAACUUGUUAUAAGCCGCUUUCUGGAAAAUAUCUUGAAAUCGUUUCUUCAAAGAACGCACGUGUAGAAGUGUUUGACAUUCAAUAUUUUGAAUGCACCAACGGAACUUUCGGUGAAAAUUGUAGCAGUACAUGUGCGUCAGAUUGUGGUGUUGACUGUAAUGUCACUGCAGUGGAUUGUGUUUGUCAAAAGGGUUUCUUCGGUAAAUUUUGCAACCAGACAUGCCCGGAAUCGUGCGAUGAAAAUGGAUGCAAUUUUCACACAGGCGAAUGCUUAAGUUGCAAAAAUGGAUAUUUUGGACCUCUGUGUGAGAAAAACUGCUCAUUUGGUUGUCAGGAAUCUUGUGGCAAGGUAUCUGGAAACUGUACAUGCAAACCAGACUUCUACAAAGCUGACUGCUCUGAAAAAUGUUCAUUAAAUUGUAAUAGUAAGGAAUGCGAAAAAAGUGAGGGAAAAUGUUUGGCUUGCAAAGAUGGAUAUUACGGUGAUUUCUGUAAAAAUAUAUGCAUUGGAAACUGUGAACAAGAAUGUGAAAGAUCUACAGGUAUAUGCCGUACAUGCAGAAAAGGUUUUUACGGUCCUUCCUGUAAUAUAUCCUGUAUGGAGAAUUGCAUGGGAGACACCUGUUCUAGAAAGGGUGACUGUCAUCAGUGUAGACCAGGAUACAAAGGGAGACAAUGCAAUGAACAAUGUCCAAAUCAUUGUACACAAUGCAAGCAAUAUGAUUAUGAAUGCUCUCAAUGUGAAAAUGGGUGGUUCGGCCAAGGAUGUGCUAGAAAGUGCCCAAGUACAUGUGGAGGAAAUGGUUCGUGUGAAAUUAAAUCGGGUAGAUGUUAUGUGUGUGUCAUAGGAUAUAAUGGCAGUAAGUGUGAUCAGAAAUGCAGUCCAUAUUGCGAUUUAAAUGCGGCAUGUGACAUUGACACUGGGGUCUGUGAACGUUGUAUUGCUGGUAGACAUGGCAGUCACUGUGAAAGACAAUGUAGCCAGAACUGUUUAAACUUUACAUGCCUAAGUAAUCAAACAUGCAGUCACGGAUGUAGCGAUGGUUGGUUUGGCGAUAAGUGUAACCAAGAAUGUUCUGCAGCUAUCGACGAUUGCACAAAAUGCUCCUUAGUCGACAGUAACACUCAAGUAUGUCAUAAAUGUGCAGAUUCAUGGUUUCUUAAUAAAUCGCAAUGCUUCAAGUGUCCAGAAAACUGCUCCUCUUGUGAAUCUGAAACACAUUGCACGAUGUGUAGUAAUGAUGUUAGCUACGGUAAAACAUGUAACAUUCCGUGCAGUGGUGAUUGUAUAAACAAGACGUGUGACAUGACUGGGAAUUGUCUACAUGGCUGUAACAACAAUAAAUACGGUAUUGAAUGUGAUAAGGACUGUGUAGAAGGAUGCAGUUUAUGCAAUGAUGCAUUUAGCUGUUCUAAAUGUGAAGAUGGGUGGUAUGUUUCAUCCUGUCAACAAUGCCCUAAACAAUGCGGGGCAUGUUUUGAUAAUUUGACAAUUUUGAAUGCAAACUGUACCGUUGACUGUAGAAGAAAUCGUACACUGUGCAGAAUAGUGGAUGGGCUUGGAGACACUACAGCGGCAAUUCAAAUUUUUAUUGGUCUAAAUUUGGGACUGUUAGCAGCUGUAAUAGUGUCGACGGUACUAUACCGGUAUAUAUACCGGCAUAUCCAUCUGAAAAGGAAGCGCAAAGGACAAGGAUUGAACAUAAACAGGGCAGAUGCAGAGGAUGAGGAAAACUAUGGUUUAUCUGUAUAUAACGUUCGUGGAUCCCAGGCCUUGUUAACAGAACUUGAUCCAGAGGAAGAACUUGUUGAUACACCAGUCUCUAACAUUCGCAACCACAAUUAUCUUAAUGUGAAAAUUUCGCGUAUUUUUGUGAACAGUCUAUGGGAAUUUAAACUUCAAAAUCAAGCCAACGAGUACAUGGCAGACGAAUUUUGGGAUUUGCCAGGUGGUCUUUUGUUGGAAUGUGGGGAGGCCAAGAAAUCUAAAAACAGAAAACGAAACAGAUAUAAAGACGUUUAUCCUUAUGACACGACACGAGUUGUGCUUUCAGUAGAGGCAGACUACAGCAGCUUGGACUACAUCAACGCCUGUUACGUCAAUGGACAUGAAAAACCAAGAGAAUAUAUAGCAGCCCAAGCUCCCUUCACCGACGACACAAUAGUAGAUUUUUGGAGAAUGGUCUGGCAAUCAAAUGUCAACACAAUUGUCAUUCUUACAAACCUUGAAGAAAACAAUAUUAUGAAGUGUAAGCAGUAUUGGCCAACCAAUGAAAACAAGUACGGAGAUGUCCUUGUCAGCACAAUAGAAAGGGAGUCAUCAGUUUUCUUUAAAAUCCGUCGUUUCAAGAUAUUUAGGGAAACAGAAGAGAGAACUCUAGAACAGUUCCAUUUUACUGCCUGGCCGGAUAAAGGAGUCCCUAGCAAUGUCAAUUCCAUUUUAGAAUUCAGAGAGAAAGUGAUGAGCAAGACAGAUAUAACAGGUCCCAUUGUUGUACAUUGUAGUGCUGGUAUAGGUCGAACAGGCACAUUUAUAGCCCUGGAUUACCUGAUAAAACAGGGACAGCGGGACGGAAGUGUAGACGUCGUCAGUUGUGUGUCCAGGAUGAGACAUCAGAGAGCCCACGCAAUACAAACAGUGGAGCAGUAUAAGUACUUGUAUGACGUCAUUACAAAAGCUCUUACGGGUCACCAAAGUUCUCUGCUGAUAGAUGAAUUCCGUCCUUACCUCAAAAACGCAAAAUUUGUAAAUCCGUCAACGGGGAACAGAAAUGUCGUCGAGGAAUUCCAAUUGAUAGAAAAACUUACACCUGAGUUUGAUGAACGUAGGUACCAAGCUUCAAAAGCUUUUCACAAUAAACAGAAAAACAGACACAACAAUAUUUUAGCAGAUGAUAAUUACAGGGUACAUUUAUGCAGGGGAGAGACUGACUACAUUAACGCCAUUCAGUUGUCGGAUGCCCAAGGCCGAGCUGGUUACGUCGUCACGCAGACACCCUUACCAAACACCACAAGGGAUUUCCUCACUUUAGUAGCUGAACAGGAAGUCUUCUGUAUCGUCAAGCUAGAUGACGAAAUGGAUGAGACAGUUGGAAUUUACUGGCCGACUCGAGAUGCACCCAUUCUUUCUAAACCGUUUGAUUUAUUUCUCCUCGAUAAAACGGAGUUCGGCAAAAUUGAAGUAUCAAGUCUCCAGUUUCACGAGAAAAAGACUGGAAAUUUACGUCCUAUUCAGCUGUUUCAUGGCCGUUUCUGGAAGGAUAAUCAUCUUGUCCCCGAAGAUCAUCAACCUAUGAUUGACUUGAUAGAAACGGUAUUGAAUUGCCGAAAAGAAAGAAACGGACAUCCAGUCGUGGUCCAUUGCAUGACUGGAGCACAACGAAGCGGGCUGUUUUGCGUGUUGGCGAACAUUGUAGAACAGAUACAACUGUUUGGUACGGUCGACAUCAUGCAGACGGUAUUGAACGCGCGUCAUCGGCGUUCUCAGAUUGUGUCAUGCGUGGAACAUCUGGAAUACAUCUUCGACUUUGUGGAAACUUACUUGGACAUUCUGCAAAAUUGACUGCUGCGUGACAGUCCCUUCUGACCUUCACCAUGACAUUCAGUUAGCGAUUGAUAUUAUCUCAGUUAGACAUUACAGUGUUGCUUGGUUAUUCCAUUUGUUUAGUAGUGUAGUAUUAGUGCUUGUUAUCAUUUUGUUGUUGUUGUUUUUUUUUUUGUAUUAUUUAUUCGUGCAAUCACUCAUCCCCCGUCCUGAGGAAGGGGCGGGUUGUCUCGAAAGUUUAACACAUGUGGUACGACAACUACUAUCUUCUUCACCCACACAAUUAUAUAUUACCAGCGUACUGUUGAUCAUGACAACUCCUGCAAACAUUUCAAUGCAACAUAACUUUACUUUUGCAAAUGAUUGAUAUAUACAACUUUAUAGCUCACCUCCACGACUCCCACUUCAGUGCAAGUAUUCCCGUGGGGAUCCGGGUUAAAAUAGGUCCUCAGUACCCCUUUGCUUGUCGUAAGAGGCGACUAAAUUCGGAUAAGACCGCAAAAACCGAGGUCCCGUGUCACAGCAUGUGUGGCACGAUAAAGAUCCCUCCCUGCUCAAAGGCCGUAAGCACCGAGCAUAGGCCUAAAUUUUGCAGCCCUUCACCGGCAGUGGUGACGUCUCCAUUUGAGUGAAAAAUUCUCGAGAGGGACGUUACAAAAUAUAUAAUUAUUCAAUCAAUCAGUGCAAGUACGGUUUCUGCCAUAGAAUAUGUCCACAAGAUACUUGCUUUACCAGAUCCUACACACACAAAUGUUCAGUCACACAGAUGCUAAGGAGUGCUACAGUCUGUCUCCCACGGUGGAUUCACGCCUUCCAAUUACCCUUUGGUAAUUGGAAGGCGUUUCUGCUUCAGGUUAUCAAAUUGAAAGCUAUACCCCACACUGUUUCUGUCUUGGACUAUUACAUCAUGUUAAAAGCCCUUCUCUCACUCUGUGUCCAUGCUUUUCUUAGGCUUAGUGAAGUCAGGAUGUUACCCCAGAUAAGGUUAUUAAAUUUAAAAAUGUAGAAUUUCAUUACAAUGACUCAACUCCCUCCAGAUUACAAUUAGUAUUGUAGCAUUUUAAAAAAAAAACCCUCAAAAUGAAUAAACCCAUUGCAAUCUGUUUGGAAGGUUCAAAUAUACUCGCACACAGCCGUAUCAAAGUACUGCCCCUUUAUCUAUCUCAUUUGGAUCACACAUCCGGUCGAACUUUUCAAUACAGGAAUAACUCCAAUCACAUACAAUUAUGUCUCCAAACUUUCAGCUGUCGUGCAAUUUGUGGGUCUCAAUCCAGCAUUUUAUAAAGGUUACAGUUACCGUAUUGGUGCAGCAACAUAUGCAGCAUAAAAGGGUACUCGGAAAACUAUAUUCAGUAGUUGAGUCGUUGAUGCCUUGAAGCGCUAUAUUCGCUUCCCUACUCUCUCUGUGUAAGCCCCCUUUUCUUCCCGCAUUUAUUGAUACGUCGGUGUUUAACUGCUAUAUGAUAACUUGGGUGCCCUACUCAGUACUCGUAUAGAUUCCGUUCUCUUUGCAAAGACAAGCCAGUGUGUAACCGCGAUAUGUAUACAUGUAUGUAAGUCUUAAAUAGACGACAAUUUCGACAUUCCUGGGACUACCCCUCGAUUACAAAUAUAUAUGCAGGUCAGUGGUUUACUGCUGCUCCAAAGUCAGUACAAACAUAUUACUUAGGUAAGAUAUACAUUUUAGACAUUUGGCUAAUUCUUGUUGUACAGUGGAAGUUAGGUCAUUACACAAUCUAUGUAAAUAUGUUUUUGUCAUCUUGUUUUCAAUACAAUACAGCUCACCUUGGAUGGAUCUGGAUAUGAUUGCUUUUGUACACUUUAGAACAAUUUUUCCAAGUUUGUGUUUGAAUUGGUCAGUAGUAUUGUUAUUUCUAGACAGUAGUAUUGUUAUUUCUAGUCAGUAGUAUUGUUAUUUCUAGUCAGUAGUAUUGUUAUUUCUAGGCAGUAGUAUUGUUAUUUCUAGGCAGUAGUAUUGUUAUUCCUAGUCAGUAGUAUUGUUAUUUCUAGGCAGUAGUAUUGUUAUUCCUAGUAAGUAGUAUUGUUAUUCCUAGUCAGUAGUAUUGUUAUUUCUAGGCAGUAGUAUUGUUAUUCCUAGUAAGUAGUAUUGCUAUUUCUAGUCAGCUGAAAGCUCAAGUGAGCUUUUCUGAUCGCCUGUCGUCCGUCGUCUGUCCAUCCGUCUGUCUGUAAACUUUUUACAUUUUCGAAUUCUUCUCCAGAACCACUGGGCCAAUUUCAACGACACUUGGCCAAAUGCAUCCUUGGGUGAAGGGCUUUCAAGUUUGUCCAAAUGAAGGGCCAUGUCCCUCUGAAAGGGGAGAUAAUCACAAAAAUGCAAACAUAGGGUGGGGUCAUUUAAAAAUCUUCUCAAGAGUCACUGGGCCAGAAAAGCUGAGAUUUACAUGAAAGCUUCCUGACAUAGUGUAGAUUCAAUUUUGUUUAAAUCAUGGCCCCUGGGGGUUGGAUGGGGCCACAAUAGGGGAUCAAAGUUUUACAUACAAAUAUAUCGGGAAAAUCUUUAAAAAUCUUCUCAAGAACCACUGAGCCAGAAAAGCUGAUAUUUACAUUGAAAGCUUUCUGACAUAUUUCAGUUAUAAGUUUGUUAAAAUCAUGUCCCCCAGGGGUAGGAUGGGGCCACAAGGGGGGAUCAAUUUUUACAUACAAAUAUAUAGGGAUAAUCAUUAAAAAUCUUCUGAAAAAUCACUGUACCAGAAAAGUUUACAUUCACAUGAAAGCUUCCUGACCCAGUUCAGGUUCAAUUUUGAAAAAAUCAUAGCCCCCGGGGGUAAGUUGGGGUCACAACAGGGAUCAAAGUUUUACAUGCGAAUAUAUAGGAAUUUUUUUUAAAUAUGAGCCAAGGUGACUCAAGUGAGCGAUGUGGUCCAUGGGCCUCUUGUUUGUGAACCUUUAUUUUCGUCAUAUGUUUAUUUUAAUAAAUGACAUAUUUCAUUCUCGCACCGUGUGUGUGUGUGUGUGUGUGUUGUAAUUUUAAGGAAUAACAAGCUUUGGUGAGCUGUUUCUUGUAAGGUGAACAGUAUCAGACAUAAAUAUUGUUCAUGUAGUUGGUCAUUCUUGUGUUUUAUAGAUUUAUUCUCACUGACCUCCCAUCUAUUGGAUAUAUAUUAUUGGGAAGAGAGCUGUUGGUAUCUUUAGUGCUUAACACACAUAUAUCUCGCAAAUAGUGCUCUUUGCAUUGUCUGUGUUUCACAUACAAUAGUAGAGUAUGAUUUGUGUAUGUAUGUAUGAAAGGUGAAUACAACGAACAGUGAUCAAUCUCAUAACUCCUAUAAGUAAUGAAAAGUAGAGAGUUAGGCAAACACGGACCCCUGGAUAUACCAGAGGUGGGAUUAGGUGCCUAGGAGGAGUAAGCAUCCCCCGUCGACCACCCACAUCCUCCGCGAGCCGCACAUAGUGAUCAGGCAAACGGAGCCACCCGUUAUAACAUACACUAGCGAAUUUUACGUACGUCAGUAUUAAGUUAGAUAUUUCCGAGCAAUAUGGAUGUACGAGGGCUGCUCGAUAUGUAACGUGUAUUGUACCACAGCGCGAUAACGCUUUGCACGAUUUCGUGGAUGAUGAUACUCUUGAAUAGCUCUAUUCAAUACCUUUCCAACAGUAAAAACACGAGCCUUCGCAUAAUUUUAAACUUAUAGUUAUUUCAAUAGAGCCAGUCGUUGACCACUGUUGUAAAAAUGGUUGGGAAACGGGUUGAGAAUAUUGAAGAAAUUAGAGCUUAUAUAAAACUUCGCACUAAACUCGGUCAUUCGGUAAUGCAGAUUUGUACUGAAUUGGGGGGAGUUUAUAGGUCAGAUAAGGUAUCUUACGAGACAGUUCGUAGGUGGAGAAAGAAAUUUCUGAAUGGCACAGAGUCCGUCAAAGAUGCAGCAAUAUCUGGCCGACUCGUGACUGUAACAGGCAAGGCAAAAGUCCGGGAAAUAAUUGAAAGUGAUGGCAGAUACACGAUUCGUGAUAUUGCCAAAGCUGUUGUCAUAUCGCUAUCGCGGGUGCAUUUUAUUUUGAAAGUACGAAAAUUUCUGCCAAAUGGAUACCGCGAAUAUUGACAGAUGACUAAAACGUUUACGAGUACAAACCACUAAGCAAUUGCUCAAAAUGUUUCCCAAAUUCAAUCAAAGAAAAUUUGCAAACAUUGUUACUGGUGACGAAACAUGGGUUCACUAUUUCGAACCAGUAAGAAAAAUUGGAAACAAAAUAUGGCUAACUAAACACAGUAGAAGGCUUGUAGUUGCCAAAAGAACCAUAAGCACAAAGAAGGUUCUUUAUUGUAUAUUCUUUCCAUGUGAUGGUAUAGCCGUACAAAUUCCGGUGCCGAAGGGCAAAAGUGUUACAGGUCGGUAUUACCGAGAUGUUAUAUUUAAAAAGCUCAAGAAAUAUUAUCAUAAACGACGCCCUGUGUCAGGAUUUAGGCAUGUUCGUCUACAUCAUGAUAAUGCUCCAUCACAUACAUCUGAGCUUGUCAAGCAAUUUUAGAAGUCGUAGGUUACCGUCUUGCCACACCCACCAUACUCUCCAGAUUUAGCCCCAUGCAACUUUUUCCUUUUUCCAAAACUUAAAAAGUUGUAAUCUGGUCGUCGAUACAUGUCUCGACAUGACCUUGGCACAGCCAUCAGUCAGUGCCUCAGAGGUCUACCUAAAUCAGCGUACCGUGACGCAUUUCAGAAACGGAGAAAUUAUGUAUUUCAAACCUCGGAGAAUACUUUGAAGGGAUGUAAUGUUCAUUUCACUAUUUGAGUCGAAUGCUUUUGAGAUACCGUACAAUACACAUUACAUAUCGACUUUAGAGCCAAAGAAUGAGAUGGAUAUUUCCUUAUUAUGUAGCAAUGUUUUGUCAUUUUUUUGUUUUAAAAAAUGUUAUCUAAAGUAACAUUUGAAUUUCCUGACACGGCAUAAGGUCGCUGCUCUUUCUAAUACGCGAUAUAUACAAUUGUAAAGAAAAAUAUGCAAUGUUUCAUAUACAAUUUAAAAAAUUUACACGGGUAUGUAAAUUUUGUUGUGCGUUCACUUGUCUGAAAAUUGACUCGUGUAAUUUGCACUUGCUUUGAAUAGAUGCAAAUUUCCUAAUAGUAUUAAAAUACUCGCGUGAGAAUCUUGCAUACCCCCGUUCAUAUGAACCGUUAAAAAUAUAUUGGUAUUACUAAGAGAUGAAGCUUGCAUGGUUUAAGAACCCCCUAUACAUUGAUCAUUUUGAAUAUGCUUUGAAAUGAUGUAUGCACAUAAAGAAUUCAUUUAUAGCAUUUUCAUUGCAGGUUACCAGCCUUAUUUUGAUAAAUGUGAAAUUCCUACAAUCCACUUCUUUUAAUUCUGAUAUUGUGUGAUGUGUAGGAAAUUGCUUUUACUAUUAUUGUUCUGCAUUAAAGGAAAUCAUUGAAAUACAUGUAGCAUAUAAUAUCCUUUUUUGUACUACAAUGUAACUCAUGGAUAGAUCACCGGAAGCAUGAAAAGCAAAUAAAAUAUUUUUCUUUUUCCUUUUU